AUGAAUCGUCAAUUCAAUACGCCUUCUCCUGUCGUAUUUCCAGCAGCAUCUCCUACACCUAAAUUAUACAGCACACCCAGCAAGAAGCUGCCACAAGUGGAGGCAUGGCAAGACAUUAUCGGCAUAGAAUCCGUGCCACAGCAACAGAACAUUUAUCAGCAUCCUUUUGACCAUCAACAAGCUCCACAGCAAUACAAUUACAGCAGCAGAGAAAGAUCAGCGCAUCAGCAACAUACCACUUCUAUUUCACCACUGUCUGUCAUGAUGGAAAGCGACAUACUGCUGGAUGACGAAGAUAUAUCCUCCUACAGAUUCAGCGAAGACGAGUUUCUGUCUUCUAUUAUAUCAUCUUCUACCGCUUCAUCAAGACAAUCAUCCCCGCUUAAUCAGCGCCACCGUCUGCGUCGACCUGUUUCCUACACAUCACCUUCGCCUUUACAACAGCAAAAAAUCAUGGAGGAAGAACAGCAAGAGAGCGAAGAGAAGCCAAUUAUAGGCAUCCCGUUUGAGCCAGCACCCAAUGUGGAUCCGAUUCAUGAAAGAAUGCCUAUGAGAAGAUUCUCUUUCAGUAAUGGCACGGAUGCCCAUAUCAAAUCAAUGAGCAACAGCAGCAGAAGCAACACUAAAUUGGGCUCAUUCAUGUCUCGAUUCAAAAAGGCUGCAACUUCUGGAAGAUCUACAUCGUCCUUGUUUAAAUAA